AUGGAGACGGUGCAGCUGAGGAACCCGCCGCGCCGGCAGCUGAAAAAGUUGGAUGAAGAUAGUUUAACUAAACAGCCAGAAGAAGUGUUUGAUGUCUUAGAGAAACUUGGAGAAGGGUCCUAUGGCAGCGUAUACAAAGCUAUUCAUAAAGAGACAGGCCAGAUUGUGGCUAUUAAGCAAGUUCCUGUGGAAUCAGACCUGCAGGAGAUAAUCAAAGAAAUCUCUAUAAUGCAGCAAUGUGACAGUCCUCAUGUAGUCAAAUAUUAUGGCAGUUAUUUUAAGAACACAGACUUGUGGAUCGUUAUGGAGUACUGUGGGGCUGGUUCUGUGUCUGAUAUCAUUCGAUUACGAAAUAAAACAUUAACAGAAGAUGAAAUAGCUACAAUAUUACAAUCAACGCUUAAGGGAUUGGAAUACCUUCAUUUCAUGAGAAAAAUACACCGAGAUAUCAAGGCAGGAAAUAUUUUGCUAAAUACAGAAGGACAUGCAAAACUUGCAGAUUUUGGGGUAGCAGGUCAACUUACAGAUACUAUGGCCAAGCGAAAUACAGUCAUAGGAACACCAUUUUGGAUGGCUCCAGAAGUGAUUCAGGAAAUUGGGUACAACUGCGUGGCAGACAUCUGGUCAUUGGGAAUAACUGCCAUAGAAAUGGCUGAAGGGAAGCCCCCAUAUGCCGAUAUUCACCCAAUGAGAGCAAUCUUUAUGAUUCCUACCAACCCUCCUCCCACAUUCCGAAAGCCAGAACUAUGGUCAGAUAGCUUCAUGGAUUUUGUGAAGCAGUGUCUUGUAAAGAGCCCUGAGCAUAGAGCCACAGCCACUCAACUCCUACAGCACCCGUUUGUCAAGAGCGCCAAAGGAGUGUCGAUCCUGCGGGACUUGAUUAACGAAGCCAUGGAUGUGAAACUGAAACGCCAGGAAGCUCAGCAGCGGGAGGUGGACCACGAGGAAGAAGAAAACUCGGAGGAGGAUGAAUUGGAUUCUGGCACCAUGGUUCGAGCAGCAGGUGAUGAGAUGGGCACUGUCCGAGUAGCCAGCACCAUGAGUGAUGGAGCCAAUACUAUGAUUGAGCACGACGGAACAUUGCUGUCACAGCUGGGCACCAUGGUGAUCAAUGCCGAGGAUGAGGAAGAGGAAGGGACUAUGAAAAGAAGGGAUGAGACCAUGCAGCCUGCAAAACCAUCUUUCCUUGAAUACUUUGAACAAAAAGAAAAGGAAAAUCAGAUCAACAGCUUUGGCAAGAGUGUGUCUGGCCCACUGAACUCUUCAGACUGGAAAGUACCGCAGGAUGGAGACUAUGAGUUUCUUAAGAGCUGGACAGUGGAGGACCUUCGGAAGAGGCUCUUGGCCCUCGACCCCAUGAUGGAGCAGGAAAUUGAAGAGAUCCGGCAGAAGUACCAGUCCAAGCGGCAGCCCAUCUUGGAUGCCAUUGAGGCUAAGAAGCGGCGGCAACAGAACUUCUGA